ACAGCUUGGCCAUUUUGUUGUUUGGAUCUUCACUUGUAUCUGGGAACGUUUGUUUCUUUCUAUGAUACUGUUUAAGAAAAUGGAAAGUUCAGAAGGAUUCUUGGAAAUGGACAUGGAGCGUGAACCUAAGUCAGGGUUUCGGAAAGGCGCUCCAUGUGGCAGGUGGAUUGGUCUCCUUGUGCUGCUGGGAACGGUUGCCAUGGUGAUUUCCAUGGUGAUGAUAUUUGUCAUCUGUGGAGACCUGGUGAAGAAUGUCAUUGAGGUGCAGAAUUCAGUGUCCAGUCUGAAUUUAUAUUUGAACAAAUCCAGUGACCCAAUGCCCAAUGGUGUCCCAGAAAAAAGGCUUUCCAAUAUAGAGACUUUGGUGAAAAGUUUUAGCUCAUCAUGGAGUUCAGUCACAUCCAAACAAGAUGGAAACCUGCAAAGACUUGAGCAGCAUCAAGACACGUCUAUAACUGAGAUAAAGAACCUGCUGCUCAGUUUGAGUUCUUCAGUAUCAGCGCUGACCUCCAAACUGAACGAUGCAGUUAGCAAGCAGGAACAGAAGCUGACUGAAACAGAACUAUUGUUGGACAGUUUGAAGACAUCAUUCACAAAUCAACAAAACAUACAACAUGACUUUGGAGUUUCAGAAAAGAAGUUGACAAAUAUUGAGACGUUGUUGAACAGUUUUAGCUCAUCCUUGAAUUCAGUCACAUCCAAACAAGAUGCAAACCUGCAAAGACUCGAGCAGCAGCACAGCGCUUCCAUCACUGAGAUAAAGAAUCUGCUGCUUAAUUUAAGUGCAGUAUCAGUGCUCACCUCCAAACUGAACGAUGCAGUUAACAAGCAGGGACAAAAGCAGACUGAAACAGAAUACACUUUGUCCAACUCACUGAGAGGAAUUCAGAGUUCAUUGUCUAAUCUGACUGCUUCUGUAUUAUCUCUUUCUUCUGAACAACAGACCACCGAAGUAAGAGUCAUAAGCAGUCUGAAUGAGUUGAAAGCCCAUAUAAACAACCAAACAAAAUCAUCAGUCAGAUCUGUACCCACCUGUAGAUCAGGCUGGACCCCUUACAGCAGCAGCUGUUAUCUGUUCUCCACCAACACGCUGAACUGGAUGGAGGCGCGGGACUACUGUACAGAACAGGGAACAUCGCUACUGAAACUUGACGGGAGUGAGGCCGAAUGGACUUUUGUGACGAAUUUGACCAAACCAAAUAAUUACUGGAUCGGUCUAACGGAUCAGACCACGGGGGUGUGGAGAUGGACUGACGGGACUCCUUACAUCAUGAAAAAAGAACACUGGAGUGUAGGACAGCCGGAUGACUGGAAAAAUCACGGUCUGGGAGAAGAAGGUGAAGAUUGUGGCCAUUUAAAGUGGAGCGGGGAGUUAAAUGACUCUCACUGUUCUCUAAAAUAUAGAUACGCUUGCAAAGUCUAGUUUUGUACCUGAUGUAAUUGUGGAAUGAGGCAAAAAGAUCUGAGAUAUUAUUGCAUUAGUUCAGUUAUGCGGCGCUGUUUGUGUUUUCAUCCUAAGCAAAGUCAACUUCUCUUGUUACCUUAUUUACUUGUUCUAAAAUAAAUCAAAGAACGUCACCCUAAUUAUUUGCUUCUUUAUUUCUGUGUUCCACAUUUUAAAAGACAAAACUGUGAAAAUGACAUGUGAACAUGUUGAAAUAGUAAUAACUGUCUUGAUUUAGAGGUUGUUCAAGUAGCUGUCCUCUUUCAACCCAGCAUGCCCAUCUGUGUGGAAGGGACAGCUGAAAAUAUUUGUUCUUUGUACGGUUACAUUUACACAUUGCCAGACGCUUUUAUCCAGCGUGACAGUGCUUUUGAGAUUUACAUUUUUUGAGUAGGCUAUAUGGUUAA